AUGCGAGCAGUGCCGAUCACGGAGGAGAAUUUCCGGCCUUUUGGCCAGCUCCUGGGAAAGAUUGGCGACGGAUGCGAGUAUGGAUCGGGAGACGCGCAGCUCAAUCUCGCGAAUGGGAUUCCCAGAUUCUAUCUCAUGGAGCUCAGGAAAACGGGGCUGCGAUUCAAAAGGAUAACGCAUCACGCCAGGGUCACGCAGUGUCUGGGAUCAGUGGGAGCUCAUCCUUGGUACAUGGCGGUCUCUCUUCCCAGCAUUGUGGAUCCUUCAUCGCAACACGAGGGCGCUGUUCGAUCCAACGCUGGUGGCCACUACUAUUUACCUCCCUCUCAUGCAAGCGUCCAGGUUGUGGAUCACACUACCCACGUGUUUGAGGACGACGUACUGAUCGAAGAUUGA